CUCCCACAGAUCUUUCUAUGUUUUAAAACACAGAGCAUAGGACUUGCUGGUCGUUGACGGUGGCACAGCAACCCAUAAUGCGCGCCGUCUUCUGAAAACGUACAGCGGAAGGGCGCGAGGGAUGAUGGCUUAGUCGCGUGCGGAGCGCCGAUGCUGCACGAUGAGUGUAGCGCUGCAAGAUUUACGAAAUAACAUGUCUAACUACAAGCGUGCGACGUUUGAGGAGGAGGACGGGACAGACAUCCCUGCUGAUGGAGCCAUCUCUCCUGACAGUGUGGAGGUGGGUUUCCGUAAGGGUGGUGUUCAGUUGUUUGGUCCACUGGGCAGGAGGACUCAGCUGGAGGUGGUUUUGGCCGGUCUGCUUCUCACUUCACUUCUAGCACUAUUUGGCUGUGCGAUCACACUGGGAGUCCGCUAUAACGGAGAUCCAGCCCGUAGUAUCUGUCUAACGGAGGCGUGUGUAACCGUGGCCAGUAAGAUCGUGGAAGCUCUGGACCGCUCCGUCGACCCAUGUCAGGAUUUUUACCAGUACGCCUGUGGAGGAUGGGUCCGCAAAAACCCCCUGCCAGAUGGCCGCUCCCGCUGGAGCACAUUUAACAGCAUCUGGGACCAGAACCAGGCUGUGCUCAAACACCUGCUGGAAAAUGGCACCUUUAAUUCAAGCAGUGAGGCAGAGAGAAAGACGCAGUCCUACUAUCUUUCCUGUCUCAAUGAACAACGAAUAGAAGAGCUCGGAGCCCAACCACUCAUCGACUUGAUUGCAAAGAUAGGAGGCUGGAACAUCACAGAGUCCUGGGAUAAAGAUAAUUUUCUGGACGUUUUAAAGAUAGUUUCUGGACCUUACAGAGCUCAGCCCUUCUUCACUGUCGGUGUCAGCGUGGACCCUAAAAACUCCAACAGUAAUGUCAUUCAGGCUGACCAAUCAGGACUCUUCCUCCCAUCCCGCGAUUAUUACCUCAAUAAAACAAACGAGAAGGUGUUGAAGGCUUAUCUGGAUUACAUGAUAGAGUUGGGAUUGUUGUUGGGAGGAGACAAGAAUUCCACUCGGGGUCAGAUGCAGCAAAUUUUGGACUUCGAGACAGCACUGGCUAACAUCACGGUUCCUCAGGACGAACGGCGAGACGAGGAAAAGAUAUACCACAAGAUAACGAUAGCUGAACUCCAGGUGUUGGCUCCGGCAGUUGAAUGGUUGGAUUAUCUGAACUCGGUCCUUUCCCCGCUAGAGUUAAACGACACAGAGCCUGUGGUGGUCUACGCCAAGGAAUACAUGCAACAAGUUUCGGAGCUCAUCAACAAGACCGACCGCAGUCUUCUGAAUAAUUACAUGAUCUGGAAUCUGGUGCAGAAAGGAGCGUCCAGUCUCGACCAGAGGUUUGAGAACGCUCAGGAUAAGCUCCUGGAGAGCCUCUACGGCACUAAGAAGUCCUGUACCCCACGCUGGCAGACGUGUAUCGGGAACACAGAUGACACUCUUGGUUUUGCAUUGGGUGCUCUUUUCGUCAAAGCCACCUUCGACAAACAGAGCAAAGAAAUAGCGGAGGGAAUGAUCAACGAAAUCCGCUCAGCUUUCAAAAACGCGCUAGAUGAUUUGAACUGGAUGGAUGAACAAACCCGACAAGCUGCCAAGGACAAGGCGGAUGCCAUCUACGACAUGAUCGGAUUUCCAGACUUCAUUCUGGACUCCAAAGAGCUUGAUGAUGUGUAUGAUGGGUAUGAGGUUACAGAAGACAACUUCUUCCAGAAUAUGAUCAACUUCUAUAACUUCUCAGCACGAGUGAUGGCAGACCAGCUCCGCAAGCCACCGAACAGAGACCAAUGGAGUAUGACUCCACCCACGGUGAACGCUUACUACAUGCCGACCAAGAACGGCAUCGUGUUCCCCGCUGGUAUCUUACAGGCCCCGUUCUACGCCCACGACCACCCCAAAGCUUUAAACUUUGGUGGUAUUGGAGUGGUCAUGGGACACGAGUUAACGCAUGCAUUUGAUGAUCAAGGCAGAGAGUAUGACAAAGACGGGAACCUUCGGCCGUGGUGGCAGAACUCCUCGGUGGAGGCGUUUAAGAACCGCACCGAGUGUAUGGUGGACCAGUACACCCAGUACACCAUCAAUGGAGAGCACAUUAAUGGCAAACAGACGCUGGGAGAAAACAUAGCAGACAACGGUGGUCUGAAAGCGGCCUAUCACGCGUACAGGUCAUGGGUGAAGAAGAACGGUGAAGAGAAGAGACUCCCCGCUGUCAAUCUGACAAACGACCAGCUCUUCUUCUUAGGUUUUGCACAGGUCUGGUGCUCCGUCCGAACGCCAGAAAGCGCUCACGAGGGCCUGAUGACGGACCCUCACAGCCCACCCAAAUACCGCGUCAUCGGCACCCUGUCCAACUCGCCUGACUUCGCAGAGCACUUCCAGUGUCCGCUGGGCUCUCCCAUGAACUCAGGCCACCGCUGUGAGGUGUGGUAGGACUGGCACACACAAAACACCAGCUUGCUUUCACAGACCAGCCUGGCCA